AUGGCAGGAAUGAAUAUUUGUAGCCAUGCUAAUAUUGUUAUCGUUUUAUUUGAAGUUGUUUUUGCUUUUCUUAUGGUUAACGCAGCUGCCAAAGCUCCCAUAGACAUGUCUACCGCCAUUCUUUUGAGGGUCGAUCAGGCUGGCCAUGGGGACUUUAAGAAGAUACAAGAUGCAAUAGACGCUGUUCCAUCUAAUAACUCUGAACUCUACUUCAUUUUGGUUAAGCCAGGGACAUACAGGGAAAAGAUUGUUGUGCCUGCUGAUAAGCCAUUUAUAACAUUGAGUGGCACUCGGGCCCAAGACACCAUAGUAACAUGGAAUGAGAGCGGGGGGAUAUUUGAUUCUGCAGCGCUCACUGUAUUGGCCUCUGACUUUGUUGGACAAUAUCUCACAAUUCAGAACACAUUUGGGACGGGUGGCAAGGCUGUUGCAAUGAGGGUAUCAGGAGACAGAGCUGCAUUCUAUGGAUGCAGGAUUCUCUCCUAUCAAGAUACUCUCCUGGAUGAUACCGGAAAGCAUUAUUUCAAAAAUUGCUACAUUGAAGGAGGCACAGAUUUCAUAUGUGGAAAUGCUUCGUCCUUUUAUGAAGGAUGCCAUUUGCAUUCCCUUUCAACAAAAAGUGGAUCUAUCACUGCUCAACAUAGGAAUUCACCUUCAGAGAAUACCGGCUUCACUUUCUUGGGUUGCAAGAUCACUGGCAUUGGUGCUGCUUUCCUUGGAAGGCCGUGGGGUGCUUUUUCUCGGGUAGUCUUUGCCGAAACCUACAUGUCCAAUGUGAUAAUCCCACAAGGAUGGGAUGACUGGCAAGACCCAAGAAAGCAAAGGACUGCGUAUUAUGGUGAAUACAAGUGCUAUGGACCUGGAGCUGAUGCAUCAAAGAGGGUUCAGUGGUCACACCGCCUAUCACAAAAUGAAGCUGCACCAUUCUUGACUAUGGACAUGAUUGGAGGGAGAGCUUGGCUUAGACCUGCACCAACCAAUUUCAAAAGGCGCCCCGGUUCCAUUACCAGUGGCUGA